UAUUUUCAAGUGGAUGGUAAUCAGUAUAGAAAUCUUUUCUACGCGUCAACAGUAAGAAUCAGUUUAAUUUCUGAAUCGUGUUCAGUCGUUCGUGUAUACUCUUAACCAUAUAAUUAUUGUAGGUUAAUAAAUAGUGAUAUAAUUAAAAUAGUUGAUAUAUUCUCGAAAAAUAAUCACCAUGAGUACUGAUAAUAGUACAUCAAAUGAUGAUGUAUCAGAAGUGGUUGCAGAUUAUAAGUAUAGACUAGUUGUUUUUGUUGGUAAGAAAAAAAAAAAAGAUAUUGACAUAGUGCCAUCGUCUUGGAUUUUUUAUGAUGAAAAAACAGACACAAUCAAGUGCAAAUUUAUGCCUCCACCAUACGAUGUAAAGCGAUCGGAUACGUUAUCAAAAAUGGUACAGAAUUGUGAACAACCGAUAAAUGAUUGGCCAGUUUAUUCAGUAGACAUCCGAGGAAGAGCUCGAACGUUUGAAGAAGCUAAUGAAUUGGCUAUCCAAUUGGAAUAUAAGCCAUUUGCUUAUUCUACACAAAAUGAAGAGACAGCUAAAGUAAAGGCUGCUAAUGAUGUGCAUUUUUUUAAAAAUAGAAAAACAUUCAGAGAUGAAUCUUUGAAGAUGUUAAAUGAAAUCAACAUCGAUUUAGGUGAAAAAACACGUGUGAAUAGAGCUCAGCCAUCAUCGCAAAAGUUACCAACAGAAGAAGAUAAACAAGAUAGAUAUUAUUCUUCCACAGACUCAGACGAAGAACAUUGUUACGAUGCAUCUAGAUCAAAAAAAAAGAAAACCAUUACCAUAACUAGGAAUUUUGGCGAAUUAUUAAGAUAUUGUAUAUCUCGCGAUGUAGGUCUCAUGUUCGCUCCAGUUAAGACUUCAAAAAAAAAAUCACAUGUAUUCAAGGAUACAUGUCUUUUUAAAGUUAUAAAAGCGACGCUCAGAAAAGUUUUUUCGAAACCAGGCGAAGAUGUCCCAGACCAAAAUAUUCUUGAUGCUAUGGCUUCAGCUCUACAUAAUUGUAAAGACUGGGACGGUGGACGAACUGCUCGUUCCAAGAAACCUGCUGAAGCUAAUAGUGAAAUAGACAAUGAGCAUUUAGACUAGUAUUUCAGAUUAGUAUUCUUAAUUGCGUAACUUUUUUAUAUAAAGUAAAAUAUACAUUAUGUAGUUUAUCCCGUGCAUUAUAUUGUAUUCUGAAAGUUUGAUUUAAAAAAUAGUUCUUUAUUACUUAUUGUAUUUUAAGAUUGUAAUGACUAUGAAUGUA